UCCCCCAUCAGCACCCAUGCUUUUUUAUCCAUUCCUCUUGGGCAGGGUUGGGGUUUCUAGAGAGUUCCUUAGCCCCAUCGCAUUUCCUUUUUAGGAGGCCUCUGACAGAGUUCAGAGGAUGGGUUAGAUAAGUGAGGAUAAGGCGAACCGCAGGUCCCUUCCCUGAGAAGUCUAACCUCAUGGGGAUACUCAGCCUGUACUCUCACAAGGCACCCUACCUGAGGUACCUGAAGGAUCAAAGGUCUCCUGGGGGUGGGAGGUGACACGUCGGAGCAGUUUUGUGCCUGGGGUCCUAGAAAAUUUGAAUAGCCCUAGCCCCUUGCUCUGUGCCAGGAUGGUUGGGUGCUAACUCACCAGCUCUGAUAGAAUGGGUCUGGCAGUCCAGAUGCCAGGGUUCUAAAGACAAGAUUUGGUGAAGUCCCAGAGAGCGGAGAGAGCAGGGGGCAGUAGGACCAAGGCUCAGGCAGUCCCCGACACCAGCCUUGCCUUGCACUGGGUGCUGGUGUGUGCAUGUGUGAGAGAACAGAAGCACAAGGCACUCAUGCAGGAGAGUGGCCUGGCCCCCAAGGGGAUUGUCACAUUCUCCUUUGCCUGAAGGAAUGAAGUCCCAACAUCAGACUCUUUGUGGUCACUCUGAUGGGUCGCUGACAGCACCUGAGAUGACUGGCCUCUACCAGAACUCCAGGUGGCAGUCAGCACCUGAGACAGCCACUCCCUUGAGGAUGGUUUUGUCACACAAGUCUCAUGUGAAGCCAAAUUCAGGCUUCCCACCCCUUCCUCUCAAAAAUCCUAGUUCUACACCGCAGGGCCAUAGAGCACCCAUCCAGCCUGCCGCCCACUUGCGGGGCACCUGGAAACCUGGGGAUAGUGACCAUGCCUCUCAAGGCAUCUUCCCUGGGUGGAUCAACCUUGGGAUGCUUCUGGGAAGAAAGAUCCAAGUGGCUGAAUCCCAAGAUCAGAGACCACCAAACCACAAGGCCGCAGGUCAUGGCUCCAGAGACAGAAGUCACUGAGGCCCUGCUUGGGAAACCUAGCCAAGAAAUUCCAACAAGUGAAGUGGCCCGACCAACCUGGGUGGUUUGACUGGAGCUGUUUCUAGGGUGAGGUCCUGCUGUGCCCCCCCCCCCAUCUGUCCUGUGUAUUAUGUGAGGGGCCUGUACAUCGUAUAUUCCAAAAGGUCGGCCAGGUGGUUCCCAGUGUCUAAGCCUGAGUAUUUUGUACGGCGGGGGGGUGGGGGUGUUAUGUGUGGCUUUCCUUUGAAUUUCUCAGGCCUAAGAUGUGACAUGACCAUGAACUAUGUCCACGUUUGGGGCUAUGUCAAGUGGCCAGGGGUAGGCCCAUGUGAGGCUUGUCACCUCAGCCCUGCCCUGUCACGGGCUCCGUUCUUAGGAGCUUGAGCAGGUUUACCAGAACCCCAGCACUUGCCAUAGGAGAGGGAAACCAAAUGAAGGGCAUUUUCUCAACUCCCGGAGAUCAGGCAUCACUAAGAACAGGGGGUCCUCCCAGGUCCUAUAGCCUAGAAGACACCCUCCCACAGAACCUGUCCCUGCCCCCCAGCCCUGGUGUUACAUACCCAUGAUCUCCCUAUUCCCUACAGGGCCUAUAUAACCAACCCUCCCCAUCAGGUCUCACCAGAUGCAUGAAAACCAUGUCCUCUUUCAAGACCCCAGACUUAGCCCUGUAGGAUGUCACCCAGAGUCCCCACCACCUCCCCAGAUCACCACAAUCUGGCCAGCACAUGGCUGCCAGCAGAUUCUGAAGACACACAGAGACCCCCAAACUCCCACAGAUUUCUUAGGAUACCUUCAGCCCUCAAAGCUUAUUAAUUCAGUCUUCACCCACAGCCCCAAAGACCAUCCUGGCUCAACAUGCCACCUCUCACAGCCUCUGUGACAACAGAGACUUCAGCCAGCCCUUGGGGAACUCUUUCCCCACAGGCUGCACACCUCCCCGCUGAGCUCUGGACCCCUCCAUCCAACCUCACCAUUUGCUCUUGAACAAACCACUUUCAUUCUUUGAAGUCUCUUGUUUUCCCCUCUUAAAAUGGGGGUAAUAGAAACGACUAGGCUUAUUGUGAGAGUGACAUUGACAAUCAGGGGAAAGUGCUUACUUAGUACAAUGCCUGGACCCUGCGCCCUCACUGUAUGGUAGCGCAUCGUUGAUUAGUACAGUCUCCGGGGGCUGGCCUGCCUCAACCUCCAGCUCACCACUCCAAGUGUGAUCUCAUCCCCGCCCCCCCCCCCCCCCCAAUGCCAGCCUCAAGCCAAGGCCUCCUUCUCCCUCAGUGGCCAGCAGUCCCCAGAUCUGGUCAAUUUCUUCCAUUCUGUAUCCUGAAUAGUGCUCAGCUUGAUCUGUGAUCUUCAUGCCCACUGCCCUCAUCACUCAUCAGCCUCACCCCUGCCUCGGGCUGCCCUCGCCAAUCCACUCUCCACAGAGGAGCCAAAGAGUUCUCCCUAAAGAGCAACUCUGAGCCCCUCACUCCUCUGUUACUUUCCCCAAGGGCUCCCAGGACAGACUGCAAGCCCUCCCUCCACCCCUGCACCUUCGCAGCCUCACUCCUCUUCCUCUCUCGCCCUCCACCCCCCCAGCCCCACUAACACUUCUACCCAGCCCUGGCCUGCGGGGGUAGCCAACAGAGCACCUCCACCUGGAAGGCUCCCGAGUUACCUCCACCCUCACCCACCCCCAGGCCGCUCCGGCGUCCUCCGGUGCGCUGUCUCGGCGCCGCCUUAGUGUCCUCUGGGAACCGGGGCUCGGGGCACCCGGGCUUGUGAGGGCCUCCCCACCCCCGCCCCCGACAACGCCGCGAGCCCCCGACGCCUCGGCCCGGGCGGUUCUGUUCCCCGCGGUGCCCUCAGGCCUUGGCGCACACGAUUGCUCGAUGGAAGUCCAAAGACUGGAUGACUCGGGAGCCCGCACAGACCUCGUAGAGGAGGCGGAAGCCCAGUGGGUCCAGAGGCGGGGCCGCUCCCACCCCCCGGACUUCCGCGGCCAGACUAGUAGCGGCAAGUCGGAAUCCCCUCGCCCGGUCGCCGCGCCGGGCCGCCUCCUCCCUCCCCUCCUGCCGCCUCCGCCCCCUCUCCCUCCCUCCCUCCCUCCCGCUCUUUGUCUCCCGGCGCCGGCCUCCCCGCCACGCGCCCCCCGCACCGCCCCUCCCGGGAGACCCCCGCGGACGCGACGCGACGCGUGUCGGCCUGCCCGGCGGGGGGCCUGCGGCCGGCGGGGCCCGGCGGGCGGCGGGGCGGGCGGGGAGGUGGUUCCCUCCCCCUCUCCCUCCUCCGUCGCUCACACGCACACACACAAACACGCGCACACACACGCGCGCACACACGCGUACACGCGCGCGCGCACGGAGCAUCCUCCCGUCAGGGCUCUGGUCCAGCCCCGCCCGCGCCUCCCGCUCCCCGCAAACCCUCUCCUUCUCUCCCGCUCCCCCCCACAUCCCCUCCGGCUCCCGGACCCUCGGCGCCCGCGCCCGCCCCUCUCCCGGGAUGGAGCGGCUCGAGCCCGCCCGCAGCCCCCCGCGGCCGGGGUGACGGCCCCCCGCCCCUCCCCGCCUGGCCCGCGCCCGAGCACCAUGGGCCUGGGGGGCUCCCGCGGCGCCGGACGCUGAAGAUGAUUGAUGCUGGAGCUCUCUUGCGUCAUGGCUUCUUCAAAGCUACGAGAACCUGCGGAUGAGGUUUUUGACCUGGACUUGGCUGUGCCAGAGACCGUCAGACUGGACAGCAGUUUACACAAGGCCCGCGCCCAACUACUGGCCAAGGGCCGGAGACACCGGCCCUCCCGCUCCAGGCUUCGGGACAGCGCCAGCUCUGCAGAGGAUGGUGAAGGCUCCGACGGGCCCGGAGGCAAGGUGACCGACGGCUGCGGGAGCCCCCUGCACCGGCUGCGCUCGCCUCUGCACUCGGGCCCCGGGUCCCCGGCGGGGGGCUCUUUCUGCCUGGAGCCUCCGGGGUUGCGGCGCAGCCUGGACGAAGACGAGCCCCCGCCCUCGCCGCUCACACGCUACCGGCCCCUGCACAACGCCGCCUCGCACGAGGGCCUGGCCGCCGCGUCCUGCUCGCCGCCGCGCUCCGCGCCCUCCUCGGACAGCUCGCCCAGCUUCGUGCGCCGCCACCCGCGCGCUGAGCCCCACAGCGAAGAUGACAGCCGGGAUGCCAGCCCGCCUGAGCCUGCCAGCCCCACCAUCGGCCUGGAUAAGAAGACUCGCCGAAAGUUCCUGGACCUGGGGGUCACCUUACGCCGAGCGUCCACUAGCAAGAGCCGGAAGGACAAGGGCAGCAACCGCUUGUCCAUGGGCAGCAGGGAGUCAGUGGAGGGGUCCGGCAGGUCAGGGGGCUCCCCGUUCCUGCCCUUUUCCUGGUUCACAGACAGCGGCAAGGGCUCGGCGUCCUCUGGCAGCACCACCUCGCCCGCCUGCUCCCCUAAACACGAGGGCUUCAGCCCUAAGAAGUCAGCUUCUCAGGCCCAGCUCCUGGUUCACGCACAGGAGGCACUGAGCAACUCCUGGUGCUCAGUUCCCAACUUCAGCUCCAUUCAAAUGGGAGCAGAAUCCACCCUGAGUGAUGACUCCACACCCCCUAGCAGCAGCCCCAAGAUCCCAAGUGGGCCCCGGCAGGAGACCAAAUGCUCCUACCCCUACCACACACUGUCCCAGUCUUCGGAUGAGUUCCUGGAUGAGCCUCUCCCCACUGUCCACCACUGGACCAGCCAGCAGGUGGGCCAGUGGCUACACAGCCUCAGCCUGGAGCAGUAUGCCGCCGAGUUCGCCGCGCGGCAGGUGGAUGGGCGCCGGCUCCUGCAGCUGGAUGGAAGCAAACUGAAGAGCCUGGGGCUCAGCAACUCGCAUGACCGGACGCUAGUGAAGCGGAAGGUAAAGGAGCUGGCAGCAGCCGCUGAGAAGGAGCGCAAGGCCCAGGAGAAGGCCGCACGGCAGCGUGAGAAGCUCCGGCGCAGGGAGCAGGAGGCCAAGAAGAGCUAGGGGAUGGCGGGGGGGCAGGCACCGGCUCCCGGGCGCUGCUGGCCGCCGGGCUCGGUGGGCACAGGCCUCAGCGGGCAGGCGGGGCCUGGGCGCCAAGCUUGGGCUGGCCUGGCCCCACACUCUCGGGGGGUACAUGCCCUCUCUCACCCUGUCACUGUCUGGACCCAGAUCCCCCAGAAAGGGAGACCCCAGGAGAGGGCCCAGGAAUAAAUCCAGUUUUAAGGACUUGUUUGGCACAGAAUUCCUAGGGGAGCUGGCAGGUUAUGGGCAGAGGACAGAGAGGCCAGGGCCGAAGCAAGUCUGGGAACCCUGAGGCACCUGGGUCAGUCUGACCCUCUGCCCUCAGGCCACGGCGGUGCUGGCCGGCAGUGAGCUAGGACACCUGCUGGCCUGCCUGCCUUCUAGAGGCUCUGAGAUGGGGCCUGGGUCCUAGGGCUUAGAGAGGUAGGAAGCAUCUCGGCAGGAGCGGGUGGACAGAGUUGCUGCUCUCCAGCUCCCCAAGGGGGCUGUGUGCUGGGAGAGCUGGCUUCCGCUCCCAAGGGAGGCUGGUAGGCGCUGCAGCAACCUGCACUCAGGGUAGACUCCCAGUCCGCACUCAACGGGAGAGCAGAGAGAGCCGCAUGGUUAUCCCAGGCGAUCUUUGCCAGGACUUCCGGAGCAGGAAGGAAUGGUGAAAACGUCCUUCGCCUUCCCCUUCCCUGCCCUGUGGGUCCCAAUGGUGAGAUGACAUCCAUACAGGUCUGCCCCUCCUGGGGCCCACUCAAGGCCUGGUCUUUGACCUGCUAACACAGGGCCCGCUUCCUGUUGCUCCCUCGGAGGACAGCAGAGCCCUCUCUGGGGACAGAGCAGACUUGGGAGCUGGGGUGGGGGGGUGACAGAGGACCCCCCCCCACCAAUGCCUAGGUGGCACUGAACAGGUGAAUCCUCGCCCCAGCCAGGUGGAGAGGCAAAAUCUGGCAGUUCCCCUGGAAUCUACUGGAAGGGUUCAUCAGCCUUCCCCCAUCUGCUCGGGUCCCUGUCGGGGCCUCAGCGGGUUCCAGAACCGGCAGACCGUGCAGGCUCUGGUUCGCUGGGCCCCAAGGAAGGGUGCGCCAGGCCCCUGGGUGGGGGUGGGAUCUGUCCCAGUAGCCCAGGGAUGACAUCGAUCCUUGUAAGGAGGGAGCGUUCAGGUGCAGCACGGGCCGGCAGCUUCCGGAGGACUGGCCAGUGACCAGUGCGGGCUGGGGGCCCUCUGAUUAGAAGUCCCUCUCCACCUCCAGCUGCCUGGAGUGGCGGACAGGACCCAGUGCGUGCCAGCUCCCCUCGUUCCUGCUCGGGGGUUUUGGCUUCAAGGCCACCCCUGCUCUGGCCGCGGCCCCGUCCCUGGGACUCAGCCCUGCAUCCCCCGCUGCUGUCCGUGCAGGGAGAGGAGCUCCGCGGAAACGAGACUUGGGGGCCCCCGGCACCAUCGGGGCCUGUCGGAGGGGCUGGUGGGGAGGGUGGAAGGCACCCAGGCCUUUGACACUCUCAGGAGCUAUGGGGGCACCCACCUGCAUGUGAAGGGGGGUGGUACUCAAUUAUUUCAAUAAACACUUAUGAUGUGCCAGUGACCUCUGUGUGCCCCCACUGGGAGGCUGGGCCCUGAGUGCGGGGGGGCACGUCUGGCCCCAGCAGCCGCCCUAUCAGGUGUUCAGGAAGGGAUGGUUCUGCCUGGUGGUGUGCUCGUGGAACACCCUGAGUCACGCCCCGGGCUGGGUGUCCCGAGCGCGUCAUA